GCAGUCAUGGCAUCCGGCAACGCAUGCAUCGGAAAGCCGGCCCCUGAUUUCACGGCUACCACGGUGGUGGAUGGCGCCUUCAAGGAAGUCAAGCUUUCAGACUACAGAGGGAAGUACGUGGUCCUCUUUUUCUACCCGCUGGACUUCACUUUCGUGUGCCCCACGGAGAUCAUCGCUUUUAGCAACCACGCUGAGGACUUUCGAAAGCUGGGUUGCGAGGUGCUCGGAGUGUCUGUGGACUCUCAGUUCACCCACCUGGCGUGGAUCAACACUCCACGGAAGGAGAGAGGCUUGGGCCCUCUGAACAUCCCCCUGCUUGCUGAUGUGAGUAGAAGCUUGUCCCAGAACUACGGCGUGUUAAAAACUGAUAAGGGCAGCCGGGCGAUGGGCAUUGCCUACAGGGACCUCUUUAUCAUCGAUGCCAAGGUUGUUCUGCGCCAGAUCACAGUCAAUGACCAACCGGUGGGACGCUCUAUGGAUGAGGCUCUUCGCUUAGGCCAGGCCUUUCCCUUUCAGUAUACAGAUGAGCACGGGGAAGUCUGUCCUGCUGGCUGGAAGCCUGGCAGUGACACCAUCAAGCCCAAUGUGGAUGACAGCAAGGAAUACUUCUCCAAACACAACUAAGAUGGCUAAACAUCAGUGAUCCUGAGUUCUUGGAUCUCGCCCCACCUGGAUGUUC